ACUAGCCGCCCGAAAUCACAUCCCCCUUCAGCAUCAGACGGAGACAUACUCAGACUACGCCACCUAGCAAUCACCCGCCACUUAUGGCGGCCACCUCACCUCUCCAAUCCCCACUCAAAUUCUUCUCCAAUUCCACCACCGGAGCUCCAAAACUAUCUUUCCUUCUCCCGGUGAAUCCAUCUGAAGCCAAAUGUUUGACAAACCGGAGUAUUUCUAUUAGGUGCGACAAUCUUCCUCAGAAUUCUAUUGGGUUUCUCUCGGGCACCGAUCUCAUUCCUUCUAUGCAAAGCUCCCCUCUUUCGCUUUCCUCCUCUGUUUCAAUGGCCGCCGCUUCCGGCUCCGAUUCUGCCUCCAAGAACGUGAAAAGGGUGUGUCUUUUUUACUGUGACGAGACCAGGGCGUUGGCCGAGCGAAUCGCCGCCCAGUCUGACGCCAUUGAACUCCGUUCCAUCUCCUGGAGGACAUUUGAUGAUGGAUUUCCCAACUUGUUUAUACCCAAUGCACAAGCGAUUCGUGGGCAGCACGUAGCUUUUCUGGCCUCGUUUAGUUCUCCUAAAGUGAUUUUUGAACAGCUUUCUAUAAUCUAUGCAUUGCCCAAAUUAUUCAUUUCUUCUUUCACUCUGGUCCUCCCGUUCUUCCCCACCGGCACCUAUGAGCGUAUGGAGGAUGAAGGAGAUGUAGCAACAGCUUUUACUCUCGCCAGGAUCUUGUCUAACAUUCCUACUUCAAGGGGAGGGCCUACUAGCUUAGUGACUUUUGAUAUCCAUGCCUUGCAGGAGAGGUUCUACUUUGGUGAUAAUAUUCUACCCUGCUUUGAAAGCGGGAUACCUUUGCUUAAGAAUCGGCUUCAGCAGCUGCCUGAUUCUGAUAAUAUAGCAAUAGCUUUUCCUGAUGAUGGUGCUUGGAAAAGAUUUCACAAGCAGCUGCAGCAUUUCCCCACGAUUGUUUGUGCUAAAGUUCGGGAAGGUAGCCAAAGAAUUGUGCGAAUCAAAGAGGGGGAUCCUCAAGGGAGACAUGUUGUCAUUGUUGAUGAUUUGGUUCAGUCAGGUGGCACUCUUGUUGAAUGCCAGAAAGUAUUGGCUAAGCAUGGAGCUGCAAAAAUAAGUGCCUAUGUGACACAUGGGAUUUUUCCUAAUAAAUCAUGGGAACGCUUUGAAUAUGAUAAUGGAGGCCGUCCAGGGACUGGUCUGUCCUACUUCUGGAUUACAGAUUCUUGCCCUUUCACAGUGAAAGAGGUGAUAAAUAAACCACCAUUUGAAAUUCUUAGCCUUGCCAGUUCCAUAGCAGCUGCUCUACAGAUUUGAUAACUGCUGAUCAUCAUCUUGACGUAAUAGACAUGCGGUGGGAAUUGUUGAUAAUCGAGGGUGUUUUCUUUUUGUCAGUGUAUGUUUUAGGUGAUGGUGAGCGAGUUAUGAAAAUUAUGACAUUGGAAAGGCAUGAAAAUGUAAAUUCAACUUGUUGGGGUGGGCCGUGGGCCGAUUCAGGGUUGGAACCGGCACUUACGGUUCAUGACUUGAGAGGGAUCUGAAUCAGAUUGAGGGGACUGGUUCCCUAAAGUUUCAGUUCAUGUUUGAUUGAAAUAAUUCAAUGAUUAAAAUAAUUAGUUACUUUAA